AUGAACUUCUAUCCAGUCCCACCAGUCAUCGAAGCUCGAGUUCUAACACGCAUCCCGGAAGAGCUGCGUUGCAAGGGCGAAAGUGAUUGGCGUGGAGGCUUCACUGGAGCCUUUCAAAACAUCUUCCUCGAAGGGCCAACCUGUGACGAGGAUGGUCACCUUUACGUGACCGAUAUACCUUACGGUCGCAUACUCAGGAUAGACAAACAUAGCAAGCAGGCUACUGUUUGUGUGCAGUACGAUGGAGAACCUAAUGGCAUGUCACGCCGUAAGGAUGGUAAAUUCGUUGUUGCAGACUACAGAAAGGUAAGCAGCAUCGAAAGCAAUUCGCUUGAGAAACGUCGGGCUGACAAGUCCACANAGGGCCUUCUUCUGUUCGACCCAAAGUCAAAUCAAGUCUCGCCCCUCCUUACAAGAAACAAUCUCGAGAGUUUCAAGGGUGUCAACGAUGUGAUCAUCGACAGCAAGGGCAAUGUCUUCUUUACUGAUCAAGGACAAACUGGUAUGACAGACCAAUCCGGCAGGGUAUAUCGUCUCGGCAUUGAUGGCAGAUUGGACAAAUUGGUGGAGAACGGUAUCUCUCCCAAUGGGCUUGCUCUAUCGCUGGACGAGCGAUUCCUUUACGUGGCAAUGACUAGGUCAAACGAGGUAUGGAGGCUGCCAUUACAUAGCGAUGGCUCAACAUCGAAGGCCGGGGUUUUCUUUCGAUCUUUUGGCAAUGCGGGGCCUGAUGGAGUUGUGCUGGAUGAAGAAGGCAAUGUACUCAUCUGCCACCCGAGUCUUGGCUCGGUCUUCGUGGUGGACAAGCACGGUGUUCCCAAGGCCAGAAUUGUGAGCGGCUCGGGUGGUAUCAACUUGACCAAUUGCGCGUUCGGAGGCCCAGAGGGAAGGACGCUGUACAUCACAGACAGUCUGGAGGGCAAUGUUCAGACGGUCGAAUGGCACUGUCGAGGCGCGUUGUACAGAUAG